AUGGCGGAUCCUGCGCUGGCGUUGGAGCGUGUGUUGCACGCACGGCUUAGCGACGAAGGCGAUGCGCUACAUUCACUGCUAGAGCGCAAGCAAGCACUGCUAGAUGUACAGGCCGAUGGCGGGCGUGUGUUUGUGCCGCGUUCGACGCCGCAAGACGCGGCGCGUGCGCAACGAAUGCGACUUUGGGCCGAGCGCGGCGAGUUUAAAAAGGUGCGCUCGGCGCACCUUGUGGACGAGUGCGAGGAGGCAGAGGCACCGCUGUUCGAGCAGCUGCGCUCACUCGACGCACCCGAGGCCACACCCGCGCCCAGCGCACCGGAAGAGCGCACCGGCCGGAUUUCCGAACAGGAAUUUUUCCCCUUCCGCGAUACGCUACUCCACCAGCUUGAAAGUGCGCUGUUUAAUGCAGAGCAGGCGCAAAACCUGCUUGGGAUGCUGAUUCACAACGCACGCGCUGCAAGCGGCGCAUCCAACACUGCUGUGCUCGCCGCACAGCCAGACUAUUUUCUCGAGCCGCAAGCGAUUGCCCUUUCGCGCCUGCAGCGCAGCGAGGAAGAGGAGGGCGUGCGCAUUUCUUCGCCCACGGCACACGCCAAGAAGGCUGUGCUUGAGAUGAAGGUGCAGUCGCUCCAGACCGCUGCGUCUGUCCUGGAGCAGGGCAGCGCACAGCUAGUGCAGUGUGCCGCGCCGGAAAAAGCGCGCUGGCAAGCGCUGCGCGACAUACAGAAGCGCGGCUGGAAACUGACGCCCGGCCGUCCAUUGCUUGAUAUUGAGCGCUUCGAUGUAGGUGCACGCAAGGAUGCGCUGCAGGGCUUUGGUAUUCCCGUCUUGCACGGUGACGGCGCGCUGAAUGAAGAAGGCGCGCGCGAUGCAUGGAUUGGGUACGGCCCUGCCGAGGCGCCUGUCGAGCUUUUGCAGCGCACAAUGGCGUACUGGGCAGAUGCCCAAGGGGCGCAGCGCGCACGCUUGGCGUUUCCUGACAGGACACGUCGUCGCCUGCGCGUAUCCUUUCACUCGCACGGCCAAGACGCGCAGGUAUGGAGCAGUUUACGCGAUGCGCCCCUCGACGAGCACGCCUCGCUCGAUGCGCAACUGUACGACGCACAAAUGGACGCUGUGGACACCGAGCUUUUUCGCGAGCUUGCCGCACAAUCUGGUGUGCUGGCACCAGUGUUUGCUCGCAUAGUGAGCGAGUCGAGCGUCCUUCUUCCGCUUUCCACCGAGCUCGAUGUGCGCAUCGAGCUGGUCGAGCACGAUGCGCCGCUCGCGCCGGGCGUGCAGACGUCGCCGCUGCCGUCCCUGCUGCUUGCCGUGCUCCGACUGCGCAUGCUUCGUAGCUGGUCCUUGCACUCGACCAGGCUGCGCGCCGCGCAAGUCGACCAAGCGCGUGCUGCAGAGCCGCGCGCGAAUGUGACAGGCCCUGUGUGGGAGCUGUACAAAUAUACCCUCUACCUUGCGCGCCUGCGCACCGUCCUUGACCGUGUGGUUGGCACACGUGCAACAUACCAGUGGAAGCCAUACGAGAUGAUUGUGGACAUGCAAGCGUGGAUUACCUCCCUUGUGGAUCUGGCCGAGGAUCCUGACGCAACGGAGCCUACAACGGGCGGGCUUGUCCUCGUAUACCGAUCUGAAACCUUGGCUGCGCAGCUCACAGUGCGCGCGCCAAGCCAUUUAAUAGUAUUUUUUCCUCAGCACCGGACGCCCAGCGGGGUAGGCUUGCGUCUGGCCUUGGAACUCGACCAGCUCGAGCCGCUCCUCGCCGCUGCGCUCGACGAGCUGCCGUAG